UCAGGAUAAGAAGGUUUCUCCGUCUACCUUGGUUCCCUUUUUAAAGGAGAACUGUCCAGAAGACUUCAGCAAAAAUGUUUUUCUACAUAUUACUUCUUGGCAUUGUGUCUCUGUGGUGGCAUUGGAGGGUGAGAGACAGGAUGAAGGUUACAAAUCUCACCGGAAAAUACAUAUUCAUCACAGGAUGUGACACAGGAUUUGGAAAUAUGGCAGCAAAGAUUUUUGAUAAAAAGGGAUUCCGUGUUUUUGCCAGCUGUCUGACUGAAAAAGGAGCCAAAGAGCUAGAAGCUGUGACCUCAAAGCAGCUUCAGACAGUGCUGCUAGAUGUGAGAGAUUCAGCCAGUGUUAAGAAAGUGGCUGCAUGGGUCAAAGACAAAGUUCAGACAGAAGGUCUCUGGGGACUUGUCAAUAAUGCUGGGAUUAUGGGGCCAUCAGCUCCUACAGACUGGUUGGAUAUUGAGCACUUCAGAGAACCAAUUGAAGUUAAUUUAAUUGGACUUAUAAAUGUUACAAUAAAUAUGCUUCCCUUAGUAAAAAAAGCAAAAGGAAGGGUAGUAAAUAUAUCCAGUGUUGGAGGUUGCCUAGCAUUCUGUGGUGGAGGCUAUUUUCCUUCAAAGUUUGGAGUAGAAGGAUUUAACGACAGCUUAAGGAGAGACAUGAAAGCUUUUGGAGUUAAAGUUUGUUGCAUUCAACCUGGACUGUUCAAAACAGCAUUAACCAAUCCAGCAAAGAUCAUGAAAGAGAAGGAGGUUAUUUGGAAUAAGCUUCCCUCUGAUGUUAAAAAGCAAUAUGGAGAGGAGUAUUUUCAGAAAGAUGCAGCAAAGAAACAAAAGCUGUCCAAGAUCUGUCUUAAUGAGGACAUUUCACCAGUUGUUCAGUGCAUGGAGCAUGCUCUAACAAGCCUCCAUCCACGUGCCCAUUACGUUGUUGGGCAGGAUGCUAAGUUCCUUUGGAAUCCCCUCUCAAGAAUGCCAGCAGUUGUACAAGACUUCCUACUUCUGCGAAACAGAGUAGAGCUUGCAGUUUCCCAUGCAAAGUAAAUGCCAACAUAUCCCCUAUCAUGAGCAUGGCUGAUUCCAUAAUACCUGUCCUGGUAUCAGCAUGAUACCAACUAUACAUGGAAUACAGAAGCAUUUCUUAUAAAUGUAGGAAAUAUAUCUAUUUCUCCAAUAUCUGAUACUAUUUUUCAAAGUUACAUAAUUUCAUUUUUAAUGUGUAAACCAGAAAUAACAAAUAAACUAUUAAACUUUCAUAAA